CUGCCCACCUCCCAGUCCUCAGGAUGAAUGUUUGAGAAAGGAUGAUGUCACUAGUUGACAGAAGGGAACUGAAAGCUCAGAGAGGUGAGGCCAUGGCCGAGGCAGCAGGUGAAGCAGAGGCAGAGCCUGGAUGUGGAGGCAGGUGUGUCUGAGGGCUUCCUCCCAGCCGAGGGCCCCUGAACAGAGCAGAGGGAAGGCGGUACCCAUCCCGGUGGGCUCAGCUCAGCACGUGGACCCCUGAGACGUGAGCGGAUCAUUGUGAGAACUAAAAGGAAGUGAAUUCAUCCCAAGCAAUUGGGAAGGUGCCUGGUGCAAAGUGGGAAGUCAUCAACCACAAUCGCUAAUAAGUAGUCUGCUGUGCACCCCGCUGGGAUCCUUGGAUUCCUUUCCCACUGGGUUGAUGUUCCUGAUUCCUGGAUCCCACGUCUAUCUCCCUCAUGGGGAGUAGACCAUAGUCAUCCAAAAUGUGUGAUUUGCAUCAGAAAGACUCGGGUUCCAGUCCAGACUCUGGCACCAGCGCGAAAACUUGGACUGAGCUAACUUUAAGAGAGCAGGAUUCUGACUUGGCUUGGAAGGAGCUGUAGGAGGGUUGAGGUCAUACCUCCCUCCAGCCUGACACAGACAAGGAGCUGAAGGGAGGUCUCUGAGAGCCCCUGACACCACCAUGAGCUCAGAAAACUUCGGAAACUGCUCAGGUAGUCAGCUGCCUCUUCUCUGGAAGGUUCCUACUUGUGAUCCAGAAUUGAGGGUGGUGUUUCCAGGCUGAGUUAAACUACAGAGGAAUCAAGAACCAUGAAGAGGAUGGAUAAGCAUUCUUGAGCUUCAAAGAGAGACCAGGAGAUUCCCCUCAUCUUGGAGUCUGCCCACAGACUCCUUCCCAGCCCUCUGCUCAGGAUCCAUGACCAAAGUGCUGACUUCCUGCCUCUCCCACCACCCAGCAAGUGACUCAGAACAGAGGCAGGGAGAGCACACGCGGAGCAUGGAAAGCAGAUGGGAGUCCCCAAGGCCAGGCAGGCCUGGGAGAGGAGGUCCUCCAGCAUCACUGGAGCUUCUCCUGCUCUCUCCCUUGACCCUCGCUCGCCUCCUGCUGCUCCCAGACCCUGGGCCAUCACCACAGAAGCUGUUUCCUCCGGGUCUUGCCCAGCCACCUGCCCAGCCACUCUGCAAGGAUAUUGAGAUCUUUUUUGAGGAGGUUGUUGAAUGUCUCUGGGACAUACUGAGCAGAAAGGAACUGCUCCUCCUGCUGAAUGAAUUCCUGGAGAGAAUUAAGACUGAGGCCGGUUUGUCCAGGGAAGAGGCAGAGGAACUACACAAAUACCUGGACGAAUUAAAAAGAGCUUUGGUUGAGGAGGACCAAGAAAGAGUCCCCAAAGAGCAGCUGGACAGGAGGAGGUUUCUGAUUAAGUUUCCUCGGGUGAAACGGCAGCUGGAGGAGUUCAUAGGCAAGUUCCACGAGCGCGCAGACAAGGUUGACAAGGUGCAUAAGGGAUGUACCAUCUCCAACGUGGUGGGCUACAGCACCGGUGCUGUGUCUAGUAUUCUGACCAUUGUUGGCCUGGCUCUCGCACCCGUGACAGCGGGGGCCAGUGUGGUGCUCUUGGCCACUGGGAUAGGGUUUGGAGCAGCAGCGGCUGUGACCCAAGUGUCCACCACUAUCAUCGAACAUGUGAAGAAGUCAUCAGCAGAAACCGAAGCCAGUCACAUGAUGUCAAGUGUCGUCAAGAAAUGGAAGGUUCUCCUAGAGGUACUCAAGAGCAACCUCCACAUUGUUGACAGAACAGAGAAAGUCACAGAAGCUGUGCAAUGCGUUGAAAUGAACAUCCAUGCCAUGGAGACAGGCAAAGCCAACCCUGGCUCUGCAACCAAUGCAAACAUCUACAUGAGCCCUGGGAGGAUCUCAGGCCCAGCCAUUCAGCAGAUAGAGGCAGGUUUCAAAGCCACAGCUUUAACAAUUACCAAAGGAGUCCGGAUCGCGGGUUUGGCCACUGCAGGGGUCUUCCUUCUGGUGGAUUUUGGCUUCCUGGUGAAGGAGUCAAAGCACUUGCACGAUGGUGCCAAGACAGUAGCAGCUGAAAGCCUGAGGCAGCGGGCAUGGGAGUUGGAGAGGAAGUUGGAGGAGCUCACCCAGAUCUAUGAGAAUCUGCAGGAGGACCUGAUUUAGCCACCCUCAGAGCAGUGCAGGGUCCAGGGACACGUGAGGAGCUAGACUGCAGAGGUACCUUGUUAGAGGGAAAGAGAGGGAGACCACAUUAAUGAAGCUGGGUGUUAGGAAUUUGGCAUUUCUGUGGCUGAGCAAAGCAGUGCAUGGAUGGAUGUAGGUGAUGGAUGAGGAGAGAGAAGGAAGGGGCCUGGAGCCUGCAUUAAGGGAGGAGGGGGCACGAGAGAAUGAGAGGCGGGGAGAAACCACUUUUUUUUCAUACUAAGAACAUUUUAUUUUGUGUUGGAGUAUAGCCGAUUAACAGUGUUGUGAUAGUUUCAGGUGAAAUGCAAAGCGACUCAGGCAUACACACACAUGCAUCCAUUUUCCCCCAAACUCCACUCCCGCCAGAAACCACUUCCUUUGGACUAAAGAUGACCCUGGAGGCAGAAUAAAGGGAGAGGCAGGUGAACUAGCAAUGAGAGGCCAGGUAUAGGAACAGGUUGACAAUGGGAGAAAGUCAGAGAGUUAGGAUUGUUGGGAUCCAGAAGGAGCAGGGGCUCCUCUAUCGCCCUCCAGAGGCUGUGAUGUCCCAGCAAGAAGAGUCUUCCCCUGCUGGUGGUCUCUAGACCUCUCCUCCAACAUCAACUCACCUGUGGCCCUAGCUGAUGUAUCUUACUAAGGCAGUGACUUCUUUUGUUUGUUUGCUUUAAUGAAAGAUAAUUGAUUUACAAUAUUCUGUUAAUUUCAGGUAUACAGCAAAGUGAUUCAAUCAUACAGGUAUCUAUGUAUUUAUCUGGGCUUCCCAGGUGGUAAAGAAUGUGUCUGCUAAGAAGUCUACUCAUACCUUGAUCAUUGAAAAGGAAGUGGACCCCUCUCCUUUAUCUCUUCCCUUGUCUGUAAGCUCCAGGCCCUGGCCAUGCAAUUGUUUUCAUCCUCUCCUAGUCCAGUUAGUGAACCACGUCUCCACAUAACCAUGGCCUCCGCUCUGCUGGCUUUUUUUGUUCCUUGCCUUGGGAGUAUGUGCAAGGCCAGUGCAUGGAUGUGAAAACCUGUCACUUGCCAGGUCACAAAUAGGAGUCAUCACUACCCUUACUGUCCAAAACCCUGAGCUGUAUUCUGGCCUCACUCUAAUAUCUUCCCGUCCUAGAGCUGAUGGCCAAGCAGCAACCUGCAGGUGUGGGUGCCACAGGUACCUCUGGGAGGAGCACAGGGGGAUGGUCAAGCCAGCUUGGACCACCAUCUAGAAGGAAGAAGCCUAAGGAUGAGAGGGAGGUUGUAGUUUAAGUUCUUGCCUUCCAGGCACAUGAGGACCAAUGUGGGAGAGAGCAAAGCACUUCUCAGAUGAGGGUUGUUAACAAAAUUGGCACAAAUGAUCAUAUUCAAGUUGAAUAAAGCUUUUAAUAAAACAGUCUUGUUCUUUAUCAAAAAAAAAAAAAGAAUGUGUCUGCGAAGCAAGAGACACAGGUUUGAUUCCUGGCUAGGGAAGAUUCCCUGGAGGAGGAAAUAACACCCCACUCCAA